AUGGUGAAUAGGGUAACCUAUUCCAAGAGGGAAAUCAGGAAACAUUUAAUUAAUCCUACUCCUUCUCCCCAUUUCUAUGCCGAACCCCUGUCUAUGGUGGUGCCUAAGAUGCGUUCUGAUAGCAAAGAAGAUUUGGAUGAUAUGGUGAUUGCUAGAUUUUUAGGGCUAGGAGUAAGACAGUUGCAACUCCAGAGCCAACACCUAAGCGACCUACUGCACGAUGAGGAAGCAGAAGAGGAACCUAGUUCCUUGAGUCACAAGCCCUCGAGGCAGAAGCACUCUCUCUCUCAAUCCAAAAGAAAUACUUCUACCAGUGUUGAGAGUCCAACCAAGAGUGCUGAUGCUGUUUCUAGUGAAAAGUUUAUGGAGAAAUAUGGUGAUAAGACAGUGAAAGAGAAUGGUGGAAAGUCUGAUGGUGAAGAAUUGGAAAAUUCUGGUGAAAAUGUGCAUGAAAAGUCAGUGGAGAAGGGAAAGUCUAUUCGCAAGUCAAUGAAAAGAAAGUGGAUGAUGAUGAGGAACCCGAUUCCUCCAAGAAACCAAAAAUUGAAGUGUCUGAGUUCUGGGAAAGAGAAGUUGAGAAAUCAGAAGGUGUUGUGGGGCCGCACAUUUAUCCCUGACAUUGUGGAGCUUGCUGGGAUGAGACAAUUAGUGGAGAUUUGUGAUUUCCAACAGUGGACUCAUUUGUUUACAAAUGAUGUUCCAAAAGUAUAUGAGGAGGAGGUGCGGAGUUUUUAUGCCAACCUCUUCACAGUUGAAGAUGAUCACAUCUGUGUGUUGGGUGCCUGCUCGUCCAAUUUUAGAAAUGACGCUGUCAAGGACAAGGCAAUCCAGCAGGGGGAACGGGUGCAUAAGAAGACACUCCUUCCAGUAUAUCAUAUGCUUUUUGAGAUGGUUAACAAAGUGUUGCUUCCCCGCGCUGAAAGGAGAUCUAUUACGUCAAAAGUUGACCUGGUCCUUAUGAAAGCCUUGGAUGGUUUUACCACCAUCAAUCUACCUGGGAUAAUGAUUGAGCAUAUGCAAAAAGUGGCAGACUUUAAGGAUGGCAACCAUGGGCUACCUUAUGGGUUUCUUCUCACAAAGGUUUUUGAGUUCUUCAAAGUGCCUCUAGGACAGGCCAAAGUGGGCACUAAAAAGCAAACCUUCUCCAAGACCACUCUUGAGGAGUGUGAGUGUAUUGACAAGGACGGAGGAGUUGGAAGUACCUGUACUAUCUCUCAACUGAUAAAUGCUCAGAAUAGUGCCACAGAGGAGAUCCAAAAGUUGAAGGCAAGGAACGCGAUUCUUGAGAGUCAGCUCAGUCAGCUACAAGAGGUACCAGGUUCCGGUAGUUCUCCCAACUCAGAGGUUGCCCGCCUGACACAGGAGAACGCUGAGCUCAGGAAACGGGUGGAGGACCUGAAAUAA